AUGAAGACUCACCAACAACAUCUCACUUCAACUCUGUCUCUUCUCAAGGAACACUCUCUUUGUGCCAAGUUAAGUAAAUGCUAUUUUGGACAGUCACAAAUUGAGUACCUGGGUCACAUCAUAAAUGGGGAAGGAGUAGUUGCAGACCCUGAGAAAAUCUCUUGUAUGAAGAAUUGGACUACACCAAAGACUACCAAGGAAUUGAGAGGGUUCUUGGGCCUUACAGGGUAUUACAGGAAGUUUGUAAAGGGGUAUGGAAUAAUUUAUAAGCCUCUAACUGACUUGCUUAAGAAGAAUAACUUCCUAUGGAAUGAAGCAGCCCUACUGUCAUUUGAACAACUGAAAGAAGCUAUGAUAACCACUCAUGUGCUUGUAUUACCAGAUUUCUCAAAGUCAUUUGAGUUGUCCACUGAUGCUUGUGACAAAGGGUAG